AUGUCUUUAUUGCCUGAUGUGGCUGUCUGUUUGGUUUGUAUGAAGGAAGUAUUAGACACUGAGAAAGGGAUUCAGUGUGAGAAGGAAUGUGGUAGAUGGUUUCACUCCCAUUGCAUGAAUGUGACUGAUACGGAGUAUCGCAAGUUGGCCACUGAUAAUAAAGUUAAAUGGUUUUGUAAUAGGGUGGACUGUACCAAGCCAAACCAGCAUCCGCUCAACCAAAUGUUUUCUCGGUUUUAUGUGGUCGCUUCGCAAAUGGCACUUGUUUUGACCAAAUUGGAUAACUUAAAGGAUGUUCCUGCGAACAUUGGCACCAUUAAGGAUGAACUUGCUUCAGUUAACGAAAAGUUAAACAAUUUCGAGCCCCGCAUUGCUGAUAUUGAGAAACGUGUGGAGACACUUGAGGACCAUUUGAAGGAUUUACAGACUGGCAAUGAGUCCCGGGUUGGGAUUGAGUCUGUGUUGGAGGAGAUGUCUGAUAGAUCUCGUCGGUCCAGAAACAUUAUCAUACAUGAUUUACCUGAAAGCAGUAGUAAAACGUUGGCUGUAAGAGUUGAGCACGACAAUCAGCUUAUUGCCGUCUUGAUAAGCAAAUUUUGUGCUAGCAAGGAUAUGACUUUUAAGUCUAUCCGUAUAGGAAAACCAUCUGCUGUAAAGCCCAGACCUCUGAAAGUAGCAUUAAAUAGUUGCAAUGAUGUCACCGACUUUGCCAGACACUUUGAUCAAUCUUCAUUAGACGGCCUGGAUUCUCGUCUCUCUGGAAUUAGUUUCUCCCGGGACAGAACCCCUCAGGAAAGAAAGCAUCUCUCUAAUCUUAGGGCUGAGUUGAGGAGAAGAGAGGACGCUGAGACAAACUUAAAUUCUGAUAUUCAUAGCUCCGAAUUGGGUCUUGAUGAUUUUAAAGUGUAUCGCCACGACAGAUCUUCUCAGUCUAGUUAUAAAGAAAGUGGAGGUGGGGUUCUAGUGGCCACCAGUACAUAUCUGGGAUCUAAUGUUAUACAUACUUCUGUAGAAGAUAUUGAAUGCAUCUUUUUGUCUGUUAAGGCCAAUAAGUUAGAUUUACCUAUACUGAUUGGAGGAGUCUAUAUUCCACCACAACAGCCCGCUGUCACCUUCUCCCGCUACUGCAAUGCAGUCGAUGAAGUUUUUUCAGAUGGUACUACUUUUUGCCACAGUUUGUUGCUGGGGGACUUCAACUUGCCGGAUGUGGAUUGGGCUCGACUUGAUCCUCUCGCUUCUAAUGGAGCUGCUUCCUAUAUUAUUGAAAUUGCAGCCACUUAUAGUUUAACCCAGAUAAAUGCUGUGCUCAAUCUGCGCGGGGUGUUGUUGGAUCUCAUAUUUGGCUCUGACCCCUCUGUUUUGGUUACUGCUGCCCUUGAUCAUCUAUUGCCUAUUGAACCUGCUCACCCGGCUAUUUGUUGUGAAAUACCUUCUCCCCAAAUGACUGUCGAUGACCAACGUGUAGUCUACAAUUUUAUUAAAUGUAAUGUGGGUGAAAUUGCUAGAAGAUUGCAUUAUUUACUUGGAACUGUUCAAUGUGACCUGCCUGAUGUUUCUGAUUUCUUCAAUGAUCUGUUGGACAAGAUUCGGAGUAUUGUGAUUGAAAACACACCUACUAGGAAAGUUGGCAAAUCAAGGUUUCCCAUUUGGUUCACGGCUGAGUUGAAGAGGAUGACAAUUCUUAAGAAGACUGCUCACAAGCGAUACAAGGUCACUAAUCGACUUACAGAUUACGAGGAAUUUAGGCAUGUCCGCGCUCUCUGCAAGGACCUCAGCUCUGAAUGUUAUAGGGGUUAUAUUGCACAUGUAAAUGGUUCAAUUCCCAGGAACAUUAAGUCCUUUUGGAGCUUUGUCAAUGGAACUUUGGGAAGUCAUCGGACAUCAUCUGACUCAUAUACCCUUGGAGAUCGUAUGGCUUCAACUCCACUUACAGUUUGUGAUCUUUUUGCCGACCAUUUUUCUUCCGUAUACUCUGCUUCAAAUGUGACUGUGCCACCAUAUAGUUUUGAUCUACAUACAAAUUUAUCUUCUUGUGGGUUUGAAGUUGAUGAAGUUAAACGAAAGCUUGAUUUACUGGAUCCCUACAAGGGUACUGGCCCUGAUGAUAUACCUCCUCUAAUUCUCAAGAGAUGCAGUGAUAUUCUUGCUCCCCAGCUAACCGUUAUGUUUAAUAAGUUUCUACUCGAAGGUGCUUUUCCGGAUAGACUCAAGUCCAGCUUUGUGGUUCCUAUACACAAGUCCUCAAAUAUCGAGGAUGUCCGAAACUAUCGCCCAGUUGUCAUACAGCCUGCACUUGGGAAGCUGUUUGAAUCACUUGUACUGGAUCGCAUUGGAUUUUCCUUUCGCCACAUUCUUACAUCUGCGCAGCAUGGUUUUGCAGCCGGAAGAUCAACUACUACUAACCUUGCAUUGUAUGAAAGCUUUAUCAUCGCAGCUUUUGGAGAUGGAAUGCAGGUUGACACCGGUUAUAUUGACUUCUCCAAGGCGUUCGACACUGUGAGUCAUCCGCAUCUUCUCGCCAAACUUAACGCUUAUGGUAUCACUGGCAAUCUUCUACAAUGGUUUCAAUCAUACCUGGCAGACCGUAGUCUUUCUGUGAAGUUUUUGGGUGCCACUUCUCGGCCUUUUUAUGCUACAUCGGGGGUGCCUCAGGGAUCUCAUCUGGGCCCAUUCUUGUUUACUGUAUUUCUCAAUGACUUGGUGGAUGUUAUCAACGUAAGGUGCUUACUUUUCGCUGAUGAUAUUAAGGUUUUUUGUCCUAUUUCAUCCAUUGAGGAUUGCCAUCUGUUACAACGUAACUUUAGGAGAAUCGAGGAGUGGUGCCUACUCAACGGAAUGAGACUGAAUGCCGAGAAGUGUGCUAUUGUAACAUUUCACAGGAACUCCAAGCCUUUGAUGUUUGAUUACUGUCUAAGCAACACCACACUUUGCCGUAAGUCUCACAUUAGAGACCUUGGAAUUGGGUUGUCUUCGGAUCUAAGCCCUGAGUUACACAUAGACAUAAUCACCGGGAAGGCUGCUAAGAUGUUGGGGUUUAUCAUAAGGACUUCUAGAAGCGGUCUUAGUGUUGAGGCGAUGAAGAUAGCAUACACAGCGCUAGUUAGAUCUGUGUUGGAGUACGGCUGUGUUGUGUGGUGUCCCUACCAACUUGGACAUAUUCAGCGACUGCAGAGCAUACAAGAUCGCUUUGUUAGGAUAAUUGGUACCAAGCUGGGAUACAACUACAGUGAAGUUCCCUUGGAGUUGGUAGCGGAUCAAUUGGGGCUGGCUCCAUUAUAUGCGAGAAGGAGACUGCAUGACCUGGUGUUUCUACAGAAGAUCCUCACUGGAGAUAUCGAUUGCUCGGAGUUACUCCACCUCAUCAAUCUCAGAGUACCUGGUAGAACUCGCUCUCUGGACAUCUUCUGUGUACAGCAUUGCUCCACCAACUAUGAAUUUCACAGUGUCAUCCCCAGAUUACACCGGCUUGAUAUUAUCUUCAGUCUACUAUUACAACAGUUAACUGUACAGCGGUAUUCCCACAUACCAGACUCCCCAGAUGUGUCAGCAGUUUCUGUGUCUCUCUGA